AUGUCUGCAGUACUUCGCAACUUGUCAGGUGGGAAGAUCUUGGCGGUGUGUUUUGACUGUGGUGCCAAAAAUCCCAGCUGGGCCAGCAUCACGUAUGGGGUGUUUCUCUGUAUCGAUUGCUCAGGCACUCAUCGGUCUCUCGGGGUUCACCUGAGCUUUAUUCGGUCUACUGAAUUGGAUUCUAACUGGUCUUGGUUUCAGCUGAGAUGCAUGCAAGUUGGAGGGAAUUCCAAUGCUUCUUCCUUCUUCCAUCAACAUGGCUGUACAACAAAUGAUACCAAUGCCAAGUAUAAUAGUCGUGCUGCUCAGCUUUACAGGGAGAAGAUUAAAUCUCUCGCCUCUCAAGCUGCUCGGAAGCAUGGUACUGAUUUGUGGCUGGAAAGCUGUGCAGUGCCACCGUCAUCGCCCCAACAGAAAGAGGAGGAUUUCUUUGCGUCCCACGCUUCUCCCAAGGUUGGCAGCCCAGAGUGGGCAUCAGCACAACCAGAGCCAGUUUCUUUAGGGCCAAGUUCUUCAGAAACCAUACCAGGAAGGAAUGAAGGUGGACCAGAGCGAGGACCAAGCGUUGAUGGCCUCAGUAUGUCACCCAAAGCUUCAUUAGAUGUUUCUUCUCUCAUAAAAAAGAAACCAGCUCAAGCUAAAAAAGGGCUUGGAGGCAAAAAGGGGGGCCUGGGUGCCCAGAAAGUGAGCGCCACGAGCUUCAGCGACAUCGAAAAGCAAGCCCAGGCCGUGGAGAAGAGGAAGGAGCAGGACGAGCUCCAGGCGUCCAAGGAAGAGCCCAUAGUGUCGUCGCUACGACUAGCCUACAGGGACCUGGAGAUUCAAAUGAAGAAAGAUGAGAAGAUGGAUUUCAGCGGUAAAAAGAAGAUCGAGUCGGAGAGACUCGGCAUGGGCUUUGGGAAUACCAGAAGUGGCGUUUCCCACUCCGUGACUUCAGACAUGCAGACCAUAGAGCAGGAGACGCCCACUCUGGCCAAACCGAGGAAGAAGUACAGCGACGACAAGGACGAUUCCUAUUUCACCUCAUCCAGCACAAGGUACUUCGAAGACCCUACUGAGACAAGAAGCAGCCCCAUCAUUAAAUGGGACGACAGCUCAGACCUGUUUUGGAAGAACGAGCCUUUCAGAGAUACAGAAACCAUCCUGAGCCCGAAAGGGAUGGGCUACACUGACAGACCUACUUCGCGUCGCAAGCCUGAUUAUGAGCCAGCUGGAAAUACAGAUGAGGCACAAAAAAAAUUUGGCAACGUCAAAGCAAUUUCAUCAGACAUGUAUUUUGGAAGACAGGAACAGGCUGAUUAUGAAACAAGGGCUCGGCUGGAGAGACUCUCCGGAAGCUCCUCCAUAAGUUCAGCUGACUUGUUUGAUGAGCAGAGGAAACAGUCUUCAGGAAACUACAACCUUAGCAACGUGUUGCCGAAUGCCCCGGACAUAACGCAGUUCAAACAAGGAGUGAGAUCGGUGGCCGGGAAGCUCUCGGUCCUGGCCAACGGAGUCAUGACGUCCAUUCAGGAUCGCUACGGUUCCUAAUCACCCGGCCCGCGACAAUGGCGUGUGGCUGCGCUGCCCUCGGGGUUCCCGGCUUGUCCGUCAGCCCAGCCCGCGAGUGCUGUCACAUCGAGAGUCCGGCCGCCUGUCUGUCGAGCUGGGGCUUUGGGGGGGUUCGCUUUCUUUUUGAGAGAUUCUUUUUCUUGCUGUAGUAGAAGCGUUUUAGUAAUUUCUGUUAAUUUAUGGUCCAUAUUGAUUCCCUGCCCUGGCCCACACACCUGGGGCCCUCCACGGGCAGCCCCUUCUGGGUCAGGACCCACGUCCCGCCACGGCCAGGCGCCUGAGAGUGGCCGAAGGAUGGGGCCGGCGGCCCUCCACCUCCCGAGCCAACCUCCCUUCUCCAUGGAGCUGGCACCGGGCCUGGGGCUCUCAGAGCUGCCGGCAGCCGGUGCUUCCAGCAGUCCGGAGGUGGGAAAGGCCCCGCGCAGACACUUCCCCACGAGGGACUGUUGCCAGUCCAGGUCCCCGAGCGCUCGGUUCUGGACAGCUUCCUACAUCCCGUGUCCCUGUUUGAAAGUCAUGGGAGGACUGUGUUGACAACAUUAUUUCCCUUUUAAAAUUGUUAACUUUGUAUGAAAUACCGAAUUUUUUAAACUUUCCAAUGAGUGCAUUAAAUAAAUUUAAGAUUUCCUGUAGCUUCAAGAAUGGCUUAGUGGUGCCGCUCGCUCGCGAGGCAGGGCCUCGGACGUGGGAGAGAUGGGAGCCGAGGACUCGCGCAUCAGCUCUCUCUGGCCAGCCAAAGUGUGUGGAAGGGGAGGAGGCAGACGGUCCCCACGUCACCUCCGUCACAGCGGGCGAGGGCGCUGGGGGGACAGGGAAGCUCUUGGCUUUCCCCGAAUCCUGGCUUUCAGCCAAUCAAUAAGCUGCUGGUGGUUUGGGCCGCAGAAGAGAGGCGAGAAAUCGGGGGAACUAGAACAUUGGUUUCAGCUGAAUGUCUGAUGAAUAUAUUUCUUUAAAUGAUCUCAAAUUUGUAAACUUCUCAAGCUAAUAAAUCUUUGCAACAGA